GCGUCUAGUCGCGGUGCAUCAUGGGAAACAAAAUGUCUCCUCAGAUUGCCAGCUAGUGCUAAUUUACCGGAGACACCCAUUUUCCAGUAGCUGUGGUGUCAGUUGAUAUACGGUAUAUCCACUGCAUUCUUCUGUCGCCAUGUCAACGAAAGCAGAGUGCAGAGUGUCAAGCUCCACUUCCAGAACAGACGAAAGGAGGAGAUCAAGGAGCAGAGGACGAGAGAAAAGGAAACGGAAACGCAGUCGCAGUAGAUCGUCUUCCUCCUCCUCGUCUUCCAGUUCAUCAUCCUCAUCUUCAUCAUCCUCAUCGUCCUCUUCGAGUUCGUCACCGUCAUCCAGCCGUAGUCAGAGCAGCUCCAGCAGUAGUGACUCUCGGAGUAAGUCCAGAAAGCAGUCUAAAAAAAGGAAAAAGGAGAAGAACAAAAAGAAAGGGAAGAAAGAGAAGCGGCAUAAACGUAAAAAAGACAAGAAAGCAAAAGGAGGAGAGGAAAACUCGGGACCUGUACAGAUCUCCAAGUACUUGAAGGACCGUAAAAAAGGAAAGUACAGUAUGAUUUCAGGGAAGAAGAUAAAGAUGAAAGUAAAGAAGUCAAAGAAAGACAAGCAGCGGGAUAAAAAUCGAGCAGAGCUUCUCGAGUUCUUGAACUCUACCCUGUGAUGCCGCCGUGGACACCAGUCCUGGUGGCCGGGCGCAGACACGUCAGCAGAACUCAGGAAACAACAACUCAGCUUUCCAGGAGAGCAAAUGUGAAGAGUUUUCUGAGGAGGUGGUGGUGAAUAUAACCUGCGUCGCCACCGAGGGGCAGCACCGGGCUGGACGGAGUGAAGGAGCUGCAGCAAAGUGAACUGCUUUCAGACCACCGUGCUGCUGUGCAGGUGACCAAUUCUUCAGCUUAGUCUGAUUGUGAUGUAAGAAGUGUAAAUUAUACACUGCUGUUCAAAAGUUUGGGGUCACCCAGACAAUUCCAUGUUUUCCAUGAAAACUCCCACUUUUAUCCAUGUACUAACAUAACUGCACAAGGGUUUUCUAAUCAUCAAUUAGCCUUUCAACACCAUUAGCUAACACAAUGUAGCAUUAGAACACAGGAGUGAUGGUUGCUGGAAAUGUUCCUCUGUACCUCUAUGGAGAUAUUCCAUUAAAAAUCAGCUGUUUCCAGCUAGAAUAGUCAUUUACCUUAUUAACAAUGUCUACACUGUAUUUCUGAUUAAUUUAAUGUUUUCUUGACUGGAAAAAAAAAAACAUAUUUUCUUUCAAAAAUAUGGACAUUUCUAAGUGACCCCAAACUUUUGAAUGGUAGUGUAAGCCGUAGACGGUGAGAUGGGAAUGAAAAUUGGUUACCUGCCAGCUCUAGACUUAUCAGUGCUGCUUGUGGUUUGACCAUGUCGCCCCGAAAAAAAAGGUUUUCCACCAAUUUAGGCUCAACAGACCCUUUAAGAAAAAUAUUGUAAUCAGCAGAACCAGAGUUGCUGUCUGCUAUUAUGCAUUUUUCUGUCUUGUCAGUACCUGGUCCGACAUUACCCAUAAUGCAACUUUACCACCAACGAUUCGGCCUCAGUGCGAUGGUUUCAAGCCUCGUGUAGAAGUGAGGAGUCUGCUAUAGAUGAUUGGAGAAGAUUUCUAGACGUUAAACAACCAACACUAACCUAAGUGACGUCUCUCUUGUGUUCAGCCCAAGCAGACUCUGAUGUGUAAAAUCUGUUUCAGAUACUCUCUCUACAUGCUGGCUGCGUCAGUCAUUCAUGUCAACCUUAAUACAUUUUUUAAAAUUCCCAGUCAUUUAUCUUUUGUAGGUAACUUUGUGGUUAUUUUUCUACAGUAAAUCCUGGCUGCGGGAGCCACCGUGUUAUCAGCGUGUACUGAAAUAAUAGUUUUUAAUGUGUACAUUUUGCCUAAAAUGAGCAUUGGAUUGUUUGAUAAUUACUGAAAGUCUCAUUCCUGGCAUUUUGGCAUUUAUUCUCCCAUAAAAUACAAUCGCCGUUAGUCCUCCCUUGCAUCAAACCAUUUGAAAGCUUUAUAUGGACGAUGGAACAAACCUGUUGUGUGUUGUAUUUUUGUUUUGUGACAAAUGGAACAAACAGCAAUUAAACUGCUGGAAAGAUUUUA